AUGAUCUUCAACGAGAAUGACAAUUUUGGUCAAUUCGCUUGUCGCCAUUUGACCGCUUUCAUUCGAAUCGGUUUCUGCUGUGUGCUUUUCGUUUUGUUUUUGGCUGGAGCUGGAACGAUUGUGAUUUUGACGAAAUCGAUCAAAAUGGUGAACAUGACUGAUGGAAGAAUUUUCUCUGACGAAAGCCGAGCUUUCGCGCGACUGGGACUUGUGGCU